AUGUUGUUGGUUCUUGUGGUGUUCCAAUUUAUAUGUUUCACUUGCUGUCUUAUGACGUGGGAGGUACUAAAGAACAACAAACUUAUUACACCUUGCGAGGAGUUAUUUAAAGAAGUCAAACCAAAUCUAGUAGUAAUUUUCCAAUGCCUAAUGACAAACUACAAUUUAACUGAAACCCUUGCGGAUGUAAUGUUAAAAAUGGAGCAAGUUCAACACAAGAUGGAUGUAAUUAUAUCGGAUGAUCAAAAAUAUAAAGCAUCACCUUUUAAAAAUAUUGAAGAUAUUUUGGACAUACCAACCGAUAUUUCCAAUAAGGAUUGCCAAACAAAACGACAAAUUGUCCAAGCAAUCCGACGAAAACUAGAAUGGGAUAAUGUGAUGAACGAUCAAGGAACUACUCUCUUUGCCUGGCCAAAAUCCUGGAAGUCCGAUCUUAGUAAACCCAAGUUUCGCCACUUAAUCAAAAAUAUAGCCACCAUUUCAAAAAUACAACUGAGGACCGAGGCCACUCCGAAAUUGGAUGAGAUCCGUUGUCUGCUGGCAAAAGCCAUUCGAAACACAGAUUGGUUAAGGAAUCUAAAUGACAAGACCUGA